AUGCGUGGCCUGCUGUGCGCAGUGGUGUUAUUGCUGUGGGUUGCCUACGGCGGCAGUGCAUUUAUUCCGACCAAAGAGUCGAUAAGGACUUCGCAUACUCCAUAUAUUGCUCCUUACCGGAGGGAUAAAUACCGGCCGGGGGGGUGGGAACCGUUUCGUAUUGCUGUAAACGGGGAUGGUAUGGUUGACGAUAUACAAAAUUGUGAUCACCACCAGGGACCCAGUAAUGUAUAUUGGGUUUUCUUGAAAAUGUGGAAUCCGACUUAUGACUUCAAAAUCUGUGAUCAACUUGGGAGUUUAAAUGUCGAUGAUACUCCUGGAUUCUUCAGGAACACCGUGUAUGGUGCUGUCAGACGAAUUAUUGAUCGUCUCUUGGUUAAGCGCGUCAGUGGGAAGCUGAGGGUGAUGGAUGAAGGUGACAGGGUUUUUUAUAAGACCUGUAAAGGACUCAUACCCACGACUGAGGACGCAGAAUCUGGUAUUCCCAAUGCUGAUGUUGUAAUUUAUCUGGGUCUUACAUCAUCCACUUCUCCAAAGACAGAAGUCUGCAGACGCGACGCAAAAGGACGUCCGACAGUUGUCAGUAUCAAGCUGCAUCCGAACGACGUCCGCGGGCGUGGGGAAAAAUACAUUGAACGUCUUGAAAAGGAGAUUGAACGUGGGAUUGAAUCCGACAGCACAAAUACCGAAACCAUGAAUACAUCAUCAGAUGAGGGAUCCAGUGGGACAGAAGUGAUGUAUAAGACCAUGGAUUCAUUGUAA